GGUCAAUUUCCCUGCAAAUUUUGUUUACAUCAUUCACAACUUAGCUCCUCGGGGACCCUCUUUUUUGUAUUCCUGCGAGCUGCUACUAUUAGCCAGGUCAUAUUUCACUCGUUCCGCCGGACCUGCAUAGUCCCUCUUUUCCCUUUUCCCUUUUUACUCUUCUAGUUCUCUAUUUAUUUCUCCGUGACUCGCCUGAUCCGUCUUUCCAGUCCCUGCUCGGUACAUUGACACAGUCUUUAAGAAGAACGCCAAUUCCUGUGAAAUCUCAUUCUUUUGACCGCUUCUUCAAUCUCGAAUUGGUGUGUCUGGUGGCGCCCGGAAACGAGGAUCUUUAGUGACCGAAACGGUAAACAUACGGGCUUGGGGGUACUCACCGACUUGGGGUGGGGAACAGUGAAAGACACCUCCGGCUUUCUACCAAACCUCCUGAAUCCUCCGACCAAAAGACGUCGGGAUCAAUUGUUUUCUUCAGUUCUUGCUCCCUAAAACCUUCAUCCACUUCUUGCUAUCUGGUUAUAGCUCGAUUUUCGGAGAAGAGACCUUGGGAUUGCAGCCCGGAGUGUCGACCUGGGUCACGCCCAUACUAAAUCUAUUGAUGCUCUAGCAGUCCAUACCUAUCCCGCCAAGGACUUUCAGCAUGCAUGCCUCUAAAAGUGGAGUGCGUUCACCCGCAGCCAGCCCGGGAGAUUCGAGAAACGAGAACACAUCAAAGGCCUACAAGAUCCUCGGCGCAACAGAUGCCUCCGUUCACGAGUCUCAUCCCAAGCGUGACGACAAAAGACGCUCGAGACGACCAAGCUUCAUGAGGGCUCCGGAGAUCAAAUCGCAGAAGAGUGGUGGUUUUGUUCCCUUCCCGACUGCUGCUCCAGAGACCAAUAUCCCCCAACAACACCUUCGUGUUCGGGCAUCAUCACCUCUACUGGGCCAUGAAUUUCGCCCAGAUGAUGCUUCUGGACAUCCUAUGCCAGCAUCGACCAAGAAAGUUCAUCAGUCAGGUUCAGCCUCCGCCCUAUUCUCCUACUUCAGUUCACGGGAUUCGUCGGCCAAUGCAAUUUCUGGCAUUGGAGUUGCGACAUCCGACUUCGGACCUGCAGUUGAUAGUAAAUCAGAGUCACAACAUAGCGCCGAGUCUGGUUCCAGCCUCAGGCAACCGAAAGGCUCCAUGAAAGACUCAAAGCGUAAAAUGCGCCCACCUAGGAUCGAUCUCUCUCUACUGUUUCCAAAGCCUAAGGCAACCGCUGAGCCACUGUUGUCGCCGCAGCGCUUGGUGGCCUCUCCCUCUGCUAUCUCCAUAGUUUCUGAGCAUCCGGUCAUCAAGACAAAGAACGUCGAGAACCAUGCAGCUGGUACUAGACUCACAAAGACGCCACCUCACUUGGUGAAGACCACCGACCAAGCCUACAGUGAUCGGGCUCCUGAGACAUCAUCCUACGAGACUAAAACUUCGAAUUGGCUUGAUCCGUCCUUGGAGAGGACUGUGCGGGCCAGUGAGAUGGACUUGGCUCUGCAGAAACUGCAGCAAGAUUCUCGGCGCAAUCCUAAGGGUCGCUCUAAUCGCUCACAUUCACGAUCCCAAGGCCAAGAGAAACGGCGAACCGGUGAUUCUCGCGCCCCGGAGGAUAACUUGUGGAAGGUUACCUCAAAUAGUUCCGGCAGUGAGUGGAGCAAGGAGACCUAUUUAUCUCCAAAAGCUCGCCCUCGCCAAAGCUCACAUCACGCUUCGAGUCACUCCGACCCUAGGAGACCAAACUUGCAUGCGUCUGCUGCAUUGGAGAAGUGCUCGGUGCCAAAAAAGAGUAGUCGAACUACACUGAAGACUGCGGACUUGAAUAGCUCCAGCGUGCUUUGCCUCUCCUCUUCGGAGGAUGAAGAUGAUGACGAAGACCUCAACAGCGAUCGACUAAACAGAGAUCGAAAUGCUAGGGACAGCGUUGCAACCUACGGCGAAUUUGAAGCAGAGAUAUGUACAGCAUCGGCGGCACAAGCGACAAAGGGCACAUUACGGAGCAUUGAUCAGCCAACGUCUGUCACUAGCCGUGGAUCGCGCUCAUCACAGAGGCUUCAAUCUGCUCGACGAGAUGUGUCUCAGUCAUCAGCGGAGAGGUCAUCUUAUAUGGCCAGCUGCCAAUCUCGUCGAUCCAGCGAAAUACCCACAAUCUCUGAGCCAGAAUUCUACCAUGGAGAUCCAAUAUUCAAUCAUCAGAGACAGAGCCAGCUCAGAAAGCCCCCCUCCGCCUCCCAGAAGGAGGUGAACAGAAGAAGCCGAGUCAUCGCGGUGACGAGACAGGAGGAGCAUCUCCUUGAGGCAAUGAGACAGAGGAAGGGGAAGAUUACGCCCAGCAUCUUCCAGGAGAGCCGGUUCAACAGUACCUUGGAGCCUGACCAAAGUUCCAUGCUGUCUGUCCCUUCGCGGGAUUCGUUUUAUGGAUCAGACAUGUCCUUUUUACGCCUUAGCCCUGCUUUCCCUCCUAAAUCGGCCCAAGCCAGUGCGAACCGCAAUGAAAGGGAAGGUUCCGUAUGUCAAAGCACUUUUUCCGACGAGGAGCAGAGGACCAUCAACUCAUUCCCUUCUCCACGUGCUAGCUUGGCGUUCUCCGAGGGUCUUUCGUCUCCAUCGACCAGCGCUGCCUCACCCUUAACACCAACGCUCCCCAUCCACCGCUUUUCGCCUAUACCGUCUCAAAAGCCACCACCUCGUCGGCCUAUUCCCGCUGUGCCACAAGACAAGAGGCGGCACUCACGGCGGCGUACAGAUAGCAGCGAGGCAAUCGUCCUGGAAGAGUCCGAGGAGCCGAAGCAAAGGGAGGAGCUUCCCAUGUGGACAUUGCGGUGGAAUAACGACAACGGAACUAUGACGGCUGUACACUGAACAUGAUGUUGCUUGUUUUCAAGAUGCUCGCACUCAUGAUACCCACUCAUUUUACCAUUUCGAACUUUUAUGACAUGUUUUACUCAAUCUUUACAAUACCUACCAGCGCUCGCACGCUCACUCACCCGUUUCCAUACCUGUGACUCAACAUACGCUCUUUGAUUUUCCUUAUUCAUGUUCUCCUUUUCAAAUUGAUCAAGCGAGAUACGGCCACUUGGCUCUUAUUUCUGAGUUUCUAAUAUUCAAAUUUUGUUAUGGUUACUCAUGCUGUAUGGCAGAAGACACUUUGUAGAUUGAUGACCUAGACUUGAGGAGCCUACUAUCGGACACUGUCCACAUAAUUGAAUCAUCUAUGCUGAUAACUCCACUAUUGGGCUUACACCCGCAAUCCAUGGUUUCCUGCUGCGUCAUAAAUGAUUAGAAGUCCUGGGACGUUCGCUGGCUCAAACUCAUCCAGAUAUUUUCUCUCGCAAAGUGUAUAUCGAGGAGAGUUUCAGAAGGUGUAAAUAGUAAGGGAAAGGAUGGGAAAUGGGUCGAAACAGUGACAUGCAUUAAGAAGCAAACGGUCACCCAACGGAAGGUGUCAGUCAGAUGACAUAGCAAGCUAUUGCAAGGAGAGUUGCAGUCGCGACGAU